AUGGAAGGUGAUGAGUUGCCUGAGCCUGUUUGCGAGACGUUUCAAAUUCAAGACUUCUAUCAACCCAGAAUGGUGUCGGAGGGAUUUCGCUUCUAUCACUUGGAAGUGGAAGUUGAGUUCGUGUACUUGCUGCCCGACCUUGCGUCUCGGUUUGCCGCUCAGGGCAUCAUCCAUACUUCCAAGCGGGAGAAAAGGGCGUUCCUUAUCGAUGCAGGUGCUUUGCUGCACGAUCCUAGGGCAAAGCACGUCGUACGGGACGUACUCGGUGAGAUGGGAGUAUCUUCCGAUGGAGAUCACGAGUUCAUGGUGGAAAAGAUACUGAGCCAUGCGAUAGCUAUGGCGAGCGACGAACGGAACAGGGACUUGAAGGUUCUCCCGAUGGGCGUCUCUAUUUCGUGCGUGGAUCCGCACAACGACGAGGAGUGGUGGUCGAUGGUGGAGGGAUUGGAGAAGGUGGUGAUCUCAGGGAAGCCGACGGAUUGUGCGAUUUGCACGGGGGAGAUUGGCGUAGGUUCGAAAGGAGCUCGCAUGCCUUGUUCCCAUGUCUACCACGGAGAUUGCAUUGUCGACUGGCUCGAGGACAGCACAGAAUGUCCCUCAUGUAUGGCCAAGUUGCCUUAA